AUGGACGAGACUUUGAAGGGCCAACUGCCGACGCGGCGAAAGGACAGAGCACAGCUCAUUGAAACACACAACGCAUAUCUGAAAAAGCAGGAUCAGAACCGCGGCGCAGUACGAGCUGUCAAGCAGCCCGUCGCCUCUGAAGCAUACCCGCCCUGCAUUAAAGCCCUCAACGAACUUAAGAUUAUCGCAUUGAGUGAGCUUCGUAUUGAGUCUCACCACCGUGAAGAAGCGGUGAUCAUCAAGACAAUCAGCAAUGCAUAUCGCGGGGCGGCCUCGGUGUCGCUCGUGGAGGACGAGCAUGGAACUGUCGAAAAGCUGGCAAUGUACAACCAGAGCGACGCGUCUAUACUAUCUGCCCUACCGGAAGGCUGUGUGCUCGCUGUCAAGGAGCCGUACUACCAAAUCGACGGCAUCGAAAAGGACCAGUAUAUAAUCUGCGUGGACCAUCCAUCUGAUGUCGUGCUGCUGAGGCUCAGUGACCCGAUCAUUCCUCGCUCCUUGAGGGUCGGAUUGGACAGGACGGCCGAGGAUUGGAAGAAAGCGGGAGACGACGCCUUUCUGGUGAAAGACUUUCCAUUCGCGGUAUUUUGCUACACCCAAGGCAUUGAUAUCAGCAGUAAUGAAUCAUCUUUACAGCAAAACCUCAUGGCUAAAAGAGCCGGUAUCAAUCUUGCCCUCGCAAGAUAUGAUCAUGCCAAGCACGACGCGCUUGCAUCUCUAACCGGCGCUUCCAGUGACUGGAAAGCUUACCUCAUCGCCGGUCGCGCAGCGUACGGUCUUCGAGAUUAUCAGACCAGUCAUGAGAAUCUCAAGCGAGCCCUGGAGCUCAACCCAGACGGUGUCGGGGUGAAACGUGAGGUCGACCGGUGUCUAUCGCGUCUUUCAGAGCAAAGCCGCGGUUCUUUCGAUUUCAGACAGAUGUCCGAGUCAAUUCAUGCCCAGAGUGUCCAUCUGGACAGCGCCACUUUCACUGCUCGCACCAAGAUUGCGGCUUCGUCGUUGCACGGCCAGGGCAUCUUUGCCAAGGAAGACAUCAAAGCUGGCGAGGUGGUGUUUGUCGAAAAAGCCAUGACCAUGCCUCAUCAGUACGAGACGUCCCUGGCAGCUGCUGCGCUUUACGCCAUCAUGGUCCGGCAGCUGUGUGACAACCCCCCGCUAGCCAAGGACUUCUUCAGCUUGUACGGAGGCGACUAUACACGAUCAGGGCUCGAGGGCAAGAUCAUCGACGGUACGCCUGUUAUAGAUGUCUGGUUGGUGGAGGCUAUCCGACGGAACAACUGCUUCAGCGCGCCGCGGUCGACUCGCGACGAGACCAGGCCCGAUGUGAAGGGCGUAUCUCAGACGAAAGGGUUCUGGGCAUACGCAGCUCAUAUGAACCAUUCCUGCGUGCCAAACACGGCCCGCAGCUUCAUCGGGGACAUGCUCAUCUCGCGCGCCAAACGGGACAUCGCAGCGGGCGAGGAGCUGCUGCAGAACUACACUAAUAUCAAGGCCCAUUACGGACGGAGGCAAGGCGACUUUGGAAUCUGGGGGUUCCAGUGCACAUGUGAACUAUGCCAGGACGAGUCACGGUCGACGGACGAAAAUAGUGCGAGAAGGGAACGGCUACUUGCACAGAUUGAGAAGUUGGCCAACAAAAAGCCUCCCAGGGGGGUUGUCCCGGACGCUACCAUCCGCUCGAUGGAGCGCUUGACGAGGGAGCUCGAAGAGGCGCAUGAAGCGGAUGUGUAUGAUGAGCUGCCGCGGCUGAUGCUGAUCUACCCGACACAGUGGCUAUUGGAGGCGUACAAGGGGCGUAAGAACCGUGCAAAAUGCGUUGCAUCAGCACUCCGAGUGCUGCGAAAUUUCGGGUUCCCAGUCAGUGACGGCGAGGAUCCCAUGACACUGUUCCAAGAGCACGGGAAUAGGCCAUCUGUCCUGACGAUUCAUGUGGUCACCGCUUUGAGGGACGCUGCGAGGGAUCUCAGUUCCAUUGGAAGAAAGGAUGCAGGAAAGCAGUUCGAAAAGGCUGCAAAAUUUGCCUAUAUGUUACUGACAGGCUUCGAGGAGGACUUGGAUUUGCUGAAUGAGCCUUAG